AUGGAUCCUAAUGGCCUCAAAACUGGAGGCCUUUUGCUCCCGACCAUUGAGAGGCGGUGCGCGUCGCCUCCAUCCGUCAUUGUCAUCGGCGGUGGCAUCUCGGGCGUUGCAGCUGCCCGUGCCCUCUCCAAUUCUUCAUUCAAGGUGACUGUUUUGGAGUCGAGAGAUCGUAUUGGCGGGCGCGUUCAUACUGAUUACUCAUUUGGAUGUCCAAUUGAUAUGGGAGCCUCAUGGCUACACGGCGUGUGUAAUGAGAAUUCAUUGGCACCAUUGAUCGGCUAUCUUGGGCUGAGGUUAUAUCGCACAAGCGAUGACAACUCAGUUCUGUAUGAUCAUGAUUUAGAAAGCUAUGCUCUCUUCGAUAAGGAUGGUAAUCAGGUCCCAAAGGAGACAGUUGAUAAAGUUGGAGAAACAUUUGAGAGAAUUCUUGAAGAGAUGGUGAAAGUGCGUGAUGAGCAGGAACAUGAUAUGCCACUGCUACAGGCAAUUUCUAUUGUGUUUGAGAGGCACCCCCAUCUAAAGCUAGAAGGGCUAGAUGAUGAGGUCUUGCAAUGGUGUGUCUGCCGGCUUGAGGCAUGGUUUGCUGCUGAUGCAGAUGAAAUAUCUCUGAAGAACUGGGAUCAGGAGCGUGUUCUUACUGGUGGACAUGGACUGAUGGUAAAUGGAUACUAUCCUGUUAUUGAAGCUCUUGCUCAAGGUCUUGACAUCAGGCUUAACCAAAGGGUCACCAAAAUUACUCGUCAAUACAAUGGAGUCAAGGUCACUACUGAAGAUGGCACAGGCUACUUCGCUGACGCUUGCAUAAUCUCUGUGCCACUCGGUGUGCUCAAGGCGAACAUAAUAAAGUUUGAACCUGAGCUGCCCUCAUGGAAGAGCUCUGCCAUCGCAGACCUUGGUGUUGGUGUUGAGAACAAGAUCGCUAUGCACUUCGACACGGUCUUCUGGCCCAAUGUUGAGGUGCUGGGAAUGGUUGGACCGACGACUAAAGCAUGUGGGUACUUCCUGAACCUGCACAAAGCCACCGGCAAUCCGGUCCUCGUCUACAUGGCUGCCGGAAGGUUUGCCCAGGAAGUGGAAAAACUGUCGGACAAAGAAGCUGUCAGCUUGGUCGUUUCUCACCUGAAGAAGAUGCUUCCAGAUGCCACUGAACCAACGAAGUACUUGGUGUCACGCUGGGGCUCCGACCCGAACUCUCUGGGGUCCUACUCGUGCGACCUGGUCGGGAAGCCGGCCGACGUGUGCGCGAGGUUCUCUGCCCCCGUGGAGAACCUGUACUUCGCCGGCGAGGCGGCCAGCGCUGAGCACUCGGGGUCGGUGCACGGCGCGUACUCGUCGGGCAUUGCCGCCGCCGAAGAAUGCAGGAAGCGCCUCCUGACGCUGAAGGGCAUCCCGGACCUGGUCCAGGUCGCGGCGUGGGAGGAGAUGGCCGGAGCUGUGGCUCCCCUGCAGAUUUGCAGGACCUGA